AUGGAUGUGGUGGCCCGAGGCACCACGACCCGGAGGAGCAGGUUGAAAAGAUCCGAUGGCAGCACCACUUCGACCAGCUUCAUCCUCAGACAGGGUUCAGCGGAUUCCUACACGAGCAGGCCGUCUGACUCCGAUGUCUCUUUGGAAGAGGAUCGGGAAGCGAUUCGGCAAGAGAGAGAGCAACAAGCCGCUAUCCAGCUUGAGAGAGCAAAGUCCAAGCCUGUAGCAUUUGCUGUGAAGACGAACGUGAGCUACUGUGGCGCGUUGGAUGAGGAUGUGCCUGUUCCAAGCACGGCCAUCUCCUUUGAUGCCAAGGAUUUUCUCCACAUUAAAGAGAAAUACAACAAUGAUUGGUGGAUAGGAAGACUGGUGAAAGAGGGCUGUGAGAUUGGCUUCAUCCCAAGUCCACUUAGACUGGAGAAUAUACGGAUUCAGCAAGAACAAAAAAGGGGACGUUUUCACGGAGGGAAAUCCAGUGGAAAUUCUUCUUCAAGUCUUGGAGAAAUGGUAUCAGGGACAUUUCGAGCAACACCCACAUCAACAGCAAAACAGAAGCAAAAAGUGACGGAGCACAUCCCUCCUUAUGAUGUUGUGCCAUCCAUGCGUCCGGUGGUGUUAGUGGGGCCGUCACUGAAGGGUUAUGAGGUAACAGACAUGAUGCAGAAAGCCCUCUUUGAUUUCCUGAAGCACAGGUUUGAUGGGAGGAUAUCAAUAACAAGAGUGACAGCUGACAUUUCUCUUGCUAAGAGGUCUGUCCUAAAUAAUCCCAGCAAGCGAGCAAUAAUUGAACGUUCGAACACUCGGUCCAGCUUAGCGGAAGUGCAAAGUGAAAUUGAAAGAAUCUUUGAGUUGGCAAGAUCUUUGCAACUGGUUGUUCUUGACGCAGACACCAUCAAUCACCCAGCACAACUUAUAAAGACUUCUUUAGCGCCAAUUAUUGUUCAUGUUAAAGUUUCAUCUCCAAAGGUUUUACAGCGGUUGAUUAAAUCUAGAGGAAAGUCCCAAAGUAAACACUUAAAUGUUCAACUGGUGGCAGCUGAUAAACUUGCACAAUGCCCCCCAGAAAUGUUUGAUGUUAUAUUGGAUGAAAAUCAGCUGGAGGAUGCGUGUGAACAUCUGGGAGAGUACCUUGAAGCAUACUGGCGUGCUACCCACACAACCAGUAGCACCCCCAUGACCCCUCUGCUCGGAAGGAAUUUGGGCUCAACCGCACUGUCACCAUACCCCACAGCAAUUUCUGGGUUACAGAGUCAGCGUAUGAGGCACAGCAACCACUCCACAGAGAACUCUCCAAUUGAAAGACGAAGUCUAAUGACCUCUGAUGAAAAUUAUCACAAUGAAAGGGCUCGGAAGAGUAGGAACCGCUUGUCUUCCAGUUCCCAGCAUAGCCGAGAUCAUUACCCUCUUGUGGAAGAAGAUUACCCUGACUCAUACCAGGACACUUACAAACCCCAUAGGAACCGAGGAUCGCCUGGGGGAUAUAGCCAUGACUCCCGACAUAGGCUUUGA